AUGUCCGGAUCUUCGUCAGUCAUUCAAUUAGAAUGUCAAUGCAACAAUUAUCCUUGGGGCAAGCAAGGCAAUAGGUCUCUAGCAGCAAAGUAUGCAGCUGCUACACCUGGAGGCAAAUUCAAGCUCGAUGAGAGUAAAGAGUACGCGGAGAUGUGGAUGGGGACAUAUCCAACUACGCCGUCUCUCAUCUUGUCAAACGGCAAAGACUUACAGGAACAUCUUAAUGCGAAUAAGGAGAAGCUGAUUGGAAAACCAAUUCUUGAUAAGUUCGGAGCAGAUCUACCAUAUUUACCAAAGAUUCUUUCAAUAGCCAAAGCUCUGCCUCUACAAAUUCACCCUGACAAGGACCUUGCAGCCAAGCUGCAUAAACAAGACCCGGAGAAGUUUGGGGACCCAAACCACAAACCAGAAAUCGCUGUUCCCCUUGGAAAAUUCGAAACAUUCGUUGGCUGGAAACCUUUUUCUGAAAUCCAAUCACUAUUCACCAGCAUCCCAGUCCUGAGCUCUAAAUUCCUCACCUCCCCUUCCGACACCAUCGAUAAAGAUACUUUGAAAUUCAUCGUACACAAAAUCCUCACCCUUUCAGAUGAAGAAGUAACAUCUAUCUACAACGCCCUCAAAGAAAUUCCUUCUUCAGAUUUCCCUACCUCAUCACACAUCCCCGAGCUUCUCCCCCGUCUCGCCUCCCAAUAUUCCGCCUCCGACCCAGGAAACCUCGUUGCUCUCCUCACAAUGAACUUUUUGACCCUCCAAAAAGGCGACGCCAUCUACGUCCCCGCAGACGGUAUCCACGCCUACCUCUCCGGCGACAUUGUAGAAUGCAUGGCUCGCUCCGACAACGUAAUAAACAGCGGGUUCUGUCCCCGCGCCGACCGCGACUCUGUCGAAUUAUUCAGCGCUGCUCUGACCUUUUCUCCCGUCGGAAAAGAUGAAUGUAUCCUCAAACCUACAUCAAGCCCCAAAGGUAAAAAUGGAAAAACAAAAGUACUAGCACCACCCAUGAGUGAAUUCGACAUGUUAACAAUGGCGCUCAAAAAAGGCGAAAAGGAAACCAUUGAGAAGCUAGGAGGUCCAAGUAUUAUGGUUAUCACGGGCGGUAAAGGAACUUUGAAAGCGGGAGAGCAGAAGUUUGAACUGAAGGAAGGAUAUGUAUUUUUCGUAGGUGUAGGUACGGAGUUGGAGUUUGAGGCUGAGGAGGUUUUGGAGGCUCAUAUUGCUUUUUGUGAAGCGUAG